CCCGCCCCCGUUGCCAUGACAGCAGAGACGCUCCCAUUUGGCCCCGCCCAGUUGCCAUUGACAGCAGAGACGCUCCCGUUAAGCCCCGCCCCCGUUGCCAUGGCACCGCGACGCUCUGGCCGGGCCCCGAUGGCGGCCGAGCGGCCGGAGCCGGGCCCGGACGCGGCGCUGGUGUCCCUGUACCGCUGGCUGGACACGGUGCCGCUGUCGCGACCGCGCAGGAACAUCGCCCGCGACUUCAGCGACGGGGUGCUGGUGGCCGAGGUGGUGAAGUUCUUCUUCCCCUCCCUGGUGGAGCUGCACAGCUUCGUGCCCACCUCCUCCACGGCGCAGAAAGUCUCCAACUGGGGCCACCUCAACAGGAAGGUGCUGAGUAAGCUGAACCUGCGCAUCCCGGAGGAGAUGAUCCAGCAGCUGGUGCGGAGCCGGCCGGGAACGGCCGAGCAGCUCCUGCAGCUCCUCAAGGAGAAAAUCCAGGAGAGGCAGAGGCAGAGGAAAGGAGGGGCCGGGCAGCCCCCAGCAGAGCCGGCAGCGCUGGAGGAGGGUGGAUACCUGGACACAGGCCAUCCCAAGGUCCGGAGCGAUUUGGGACAGGGCUGGAGCCAGGAGGGCACCGCAGGGGGGGUGACACUCUGGCCCGGGGGUGGCCCUGGGGACAUGCGACAGCAGCUGGCCGAGCGCGAGCAGGCGCUGCAGCUGGCGCGGGACACGAUCCAGAUCCUGCAGGCCAAGGUGGGGCGGCUGGAGCAGCUCCUGCUCCUCAAGAACCUCCGCAUCGACGACCUGAGCCGGCGGCUGCAGCAGCUCCAGGGCCACCGCCGCUGACGGCGACAGCGACACCGCCGCCACCGCCGGGUGGCACCGCGGGGGCGGCCCGGGGACACCGCGGUGACAGCCUGGGGACAGCCCGGGGACAGCCUGGGGACAGCCCGGUGGCUCCCAGCGCGUCCCAGUUCGCCCAGUGCCCGGCGCUGGGGAUUAAAGUGUUGGAUCUUG